GGGGCGAAGAUGGCGGCUCCCAGCGGCGACCCCUUCGCCUUCUGCCUGGAGGCGCCCCCCGGCCAAGCCCGCCGCGCCCUGGAGCUGCGCCUGACCGGCAGCGCCAAGGGCAAAGGGCUUUUUGCCAUCCAGAACAUCAGGAAAGGGGACACGAUUUUCGUGGAAAAACCUGUGGUGUCAGCUCAGUUUCUUUGGAAUGCUUUGUAUAAAUACAGAGCCUGUGACCACUGCUUACGCGCCCUAGAAACUGCUGAGGAAAAUGCUCAGAGGCUGCUAGGAAAAUUCCAGCUCCUUCCUCACCCGGAGAAAUGCAGCAUUCGAAAAGAGCUCCAUCAGUGCUGUCCCAGCUGCCAGGUGGCCUACUGCAGCCCUGAGUGCCGCCAGGCCGCGUGGAAUCAGUACCAUCAGGUUCUGUGCCUGGGACCCUCCAAGCAAGACCCCGGUCAUCCUCUCAACAAACUGCAGGAAGCUUGGAGGUAAGGUGUG